AUGUCUGACCCAGGUAUUUACACCAUUGGUUGGAUCUGCGCCAUCACGACAGAGUUUGUCGCUGCGAAAGCAUUCUUGGAUGAACAGCAUGACGCCCCACUGUCAAUCUCGCAGCAUGAUAACAAUAGCUAUUCGCUUGGUCGUAUGGGAAGGCACAAUGUGGCUAUUGCAGCUCUGCCCAAGUCGGAAUAUGGCACCACAGCCGCAGCUACCGUCGCGAGAGACAUGAUACACAGUUUCCCGAAUCUCAAGGUUGGACUCAUGGUUGGGAUAGGGGGUGGUGCUCCGAGCAAAACGCACGACAUUCGUCUUGGUGAUAUUAUCAUAGGGACUCGCGACAUAAACGCAGGUAAAGGAGGCGUGGUGCAGUACGACUAUGGCAAGGCGAUACAAGACCGGGAAUUUUCGAUCACGGGAACCUUGAAGCUCGGCAUAAUGGAGGGUCACGACAUCAACGGCAAGAUCGAAAGGGUCCUGGAGAAGUAUCCUCGUUUGAAGAGGAGCCAUCGCCGACCGCCCGUCACCUCCGACAGACUCUAUCCGCCGCACAUCACGCAUCCUCAAACAGACUUCUCAAACGACUGCAGUGUGGCCUGUGGAGGAGAUCAAUCUCAACUGGUGAGGCGAGCUGAGAGAGGCGUUGAGGAUGACAACCCUGCGGUCCAUUAUGGCCUCAUCGCGUCCGGAAACAGGCUGAUGAAGGAUGCCAACAUAAGGGACCAGCUAUCGAAACAGACAGGCGCACUCUGUUUUGAGAUGGAGGUAGCCGGUUUGAUGAAUCAUUUUCCCUGUCUAGUUAUUCGGGGGAUCUGCGACUAUUCAGAUACCCACAAGAAUAAGGAAUGGCAAGGCUUUGCAGCGAUGACGGCAGCGGCUUACACAAGGGAUCUUUUGGAGGAAGUCUCAGCUGCGGUUGUCAACAGGGAAGACAAACUUGCAAUGGCCAUCAAAUCUCGUUAG